AUGGCUGAAGCCAUUGUGAGUGGCUGCAUAGAUGUUGGAAGGGUUAGGGAUGAAGAAGGAAGAGGAAGGGGAAGAAGAAAGAAAAGGGAAGAAGAGGAAAGAAGAAGAAGGAAGAGGAGGAGGAAGAAGAAGAAGGGGAAGAAGAGGAAAAAGGGGAAGAAGAGGAAGAAGGGGAAGAAGAGGAAGAAGAGGAAGAAGGGGAAGAAGAGGAAGAAGAGGAAGAAGGGGAAGAAGAGGAAGAAGGAUGAAGAAGGAAGAAAGAAAAGGGAAGAAAGGAAAGACGAAGAAGGAAGAGGAGAGGAAGAAGAAGAAGGGGAAGAGAGAGGAGAAGAGAAGAAGGGGAAGAAGGAAAAGGGGAAGAAGAGGAAGAAGAGGAAGAAGAGGAAGAAGAGGAAGAAGGGGAAGAAGAGGAAGAAGGGGAAGAAGAGGAAGAAGAGGAAGAAGAGGAAAAAGGGGAAGAAGAGGAAGAAGAGGAAGAAGGGGAAGAAGAGGAAGAAGGGGAAGAAGAGGAAGAAGGGGAAGAAGAGGAAGAACAGGAAGAAGAGGAAGAAGGGGAAGAAGAGGAAGAAGAGGAAGAAGGGGAAGAAGAGGAAGAAGGGGAAGAACAGGAAGAAGGGGAAGAAGGGGAAGAAGAGGAAGAAGGGGAAGAAGGGAAGAAGAGGAAGAAGGGGAAGAAGAGGAAGAAAUGUUGGAAGGGUUAGGGAUGAAGAAGGAAGAGGAAGGGGAAGAAGAAGGAAGAAGAAAGAAAAGGGAAGAAGAGGAAAGAAGAAGGAAGAGGAGGAGGAAGAAGGGGAAGAAGGGGAAGAAGAGGAAGAAGAGGAAGAAGGGGAAGAAGAGGAAGGAGAGGAAGAAGAGGAAGAAGAGGAAGAAGAGAAAGAAGAGAAAGAAGAGAAAGAAGGGGAAGAAGAGGAAGAAGGGGAAGAAGAAGGAAGAAGAAAGAAAAGGGAAGAAGAGGAAAGAAGAAGGAAGAGGAGGAGGAAGAAGGGGAAGAAGGGGAAGAAGGGGAAGAAGAGGAAGAAGAGGAAGAAGAGAAAGAAGAGAAAGAAGAGAAAGAAGGGGAAGAAGGGGAAGAAGAGGAAGAAGGGGAAGAAGGGGAAGAAGAGGAAGAAGGGGAAGAAGGGGAAGAAGUGA